UGCUGCCUUUGUUACGCUGCAAGUCACAGAGACUGAGUUAGGGUCAAUUAUUUUGUUCCUAUGGCUGCUUGUUGCGGGAAAAAUGUAGUGGCUCGGUCGAGAACAGGGUUGAACAUACUUCAGGUUAUAGAUUUUUAAACUAGACAGAUUCAUAAAAUGGAAUCUUUUAGAAAAAGCAUAUGUUUAGAAUUGAAACCUAGUUCUUUCACCCCAAACCUUUUCCUAAUUAAGAGUUCUCAUUUGGAUACUCUAAAUUUGUUGGGUUCCCAUUUUAUUAUUAAACAAAUAGAAAUUGUAAAUCCUUUUGAUCUAUAGCUCAAGAUUUUACUAGUAGCAAUAGGUUCAACUUUUGGUGCAGAGCACAGAUGGUUAAUGGAGAGGAAUCUUAUCCAAUGUACAGUAAUGAUACAUAAUGCCUCUUGUUGCAGUAGCUGUUUUUUUCACAAAUACUUUGUCAUCAGUGUGUUACAGAUAAAGCACAAAGCUUAUGUGACUGACUGGCAGUGCCAGGCACGGCAUCCAAAAUUUACUGCAAUGAAAUUACAACCCUUGUGAAAUAUGACAUGUAAAUCUGAGCUUUUUUUCCCUCCAAAACUUGGCUUGUUAGAGCCAUGUAAAAGUGAUCUGUGAAGACCACUGAUUCUCAGCAGUCUUCAGCUGUGGCCUGUAUUUAUUUAUAUAAUCAGUUUAUAUGCCUCCUCAAACACAGAGGAGAUUCUAGGCAGUUUACAUAUUAGAAUUAAGAACCACAAGAUAAUAAAAAUAAAAAAGACUAUAAUACCAACAGCACAUUGGGGAAAAGAACAGAACACACCUGAUCAUGAUCAUAAAACAGCAAUCCAGUACCAGGGAGUGAUAUUGCCUUGGGGCUGUUGGAAGAUUUUAAAGAUUUGCAAAAGCACAAUACAGUUGAAGCUGUGUAGACUUCAGCUCUUCCAUAGGCAGAUGCAGCCACAGAACCUGUGGGAAAAAAAUCAAAAAGGUACUUUGCAGAAUGCAUUGGUUGUAAGCAUCUCUCCUAUUAAGUGUUGAUGCAACCACAUUAUUUAGAAGAUUCAUUGGCUGAUUCAAAAGAAAUCUGCCUGUGCAUGUGUAUGAGCAGCUUUGCUGCUAGUCCUAGUGUUGUCUGUACAAAGAAAAAAUACCCCUCAAAGUAGCUAUAUGUGGCUGCUUUAAGAUUUCAGGAAGGGAUGCUUCACCCACCAGUAUGUUUUGCAAAGUACCUCCUUUGAAUACUUUGCACAGCCAUAGCAUAUACAUGACAUAUAUGAGGAGUAGAUCUAACAGCCAGACUAUGGCCAUUACAGACACAGAUGAAGAUGGAGGGUAGGAACAAUAUAAGCUCUUGAUCUCAUUCCAGCAAGGUACUUCUUACUUCUACAUAACAAUAAACAAAAGUAUCUUAUUGGCUUAGGAAGGAAGGUUAACAAACCCUGAAAUUAAUAUGAGAUAGUUUGGUUACAGAUUCUGAGUAAUCAAUUAUAUUUUUUACUCUUUUGCAGUUAUCCUCAAUCACUUUUAUCCCUUGCAACAUCCCACCUUUUUCCUUUUCUUUUUCUUCCUUAUUGAUCUCUAUUUUAUUCAUGCUUCAGCAGCUGCCUGAAAUAUCCAUUCUGUGCCUGGCUGCAUUUGAUAAACCUCUUAAAGACAUUGGCAAGUUGGUUUGAAAGUGUUCAUUCCUGCCUUCAGGGAAUUGGUGAGGUAGAUAGAAAACAAGUUAGAUGAGUUAAAUCAAAUUUCAGGAGAUGGUGGAGUUUCUCUGAAAAUUGCAAUCCAUCAUGGAACAGAGCUCCAAUAACUUUGGCCACAAAGAAAAAAAUAUUUCCAACUGCAGCAAUAUUGUUUAUGUUAGGGUUUCAAAGUCAAUAGCAUUAGUUUCAGUUAAUAUGCUUAAAAGAUUAUGUGGGAUGAAGUCUGCAUACUUUAAAGAUUUAUGUUUCUAUUAUAUUUGAAAUGGUGUUAUCUGUGGUAUAGCUGCAAAUAAACAUUACUGAGGACUUAAUACAAUAAACCAGCAGCCUCUAAUACCAUCAAUCAUGGUAUUUUUCUGGGCCAUUUCAGGGAUUGGGAGUGGAAAGCACAGUAUUAUACUGGUUCUAGUCAAUAUUGAUGGGAGGGAGGGGUAGAGCCCAAGACCCCUGCUUUAUGGGGUGCUUGGACUCUACCCUCUCCCUGCUCUUAUUUAACAUCUAUGUGAAGCUGCUGGAUGAAGUCAUCUGUUGACAUGGGUGUAGUAUCAUUUUGCUGAUGAUAGCCAGCUGUAUACCUCUGCCCUAGGCAAAAAAAGUGAUGGUGCUGAGAUCCUUUCCCAGUGUCUGGAGAUUAUGGGGGUUUUGAUAGGGGAGAAUAGGCUUCAGCUCAACCAUGGCAAGACUAGUGGCUUUAAGGCCCCCUGGCUCUGAAGAUUUUCAUGAUCACUGGCUGUAAUAAAGGAUUUGUUUUGAUUUGGAGAUUUUCUAUCUUUAACUCUGCCUGAGUGUGCACUUCCCCAGUCAGCAUUGGUGUACAAUUUGGGGCUCCCCCUAGACUCAGGUUCUGCUCAAAAAGCAGGUGGUUGCUGUGGCUAGGAGGACCUUUGCGCAAGUUUGUCUUGUGCAUCAACUGCAGCCAUUCCUGGACUAGGAGGCCUUGCUCAUAGUGACUCAUGCUUUAGUUAUCUCUCAUUUGGAUUAUUGUAACACACUGUACAUGAGGCUGCUCUUUAAGAGCAUUUGGAAGCUACAGCUGGUCCAGAAUGCAGCCCUACAGGCAGUUUUUGGCAUUUUCUGUAACACCCCUAUAGCACAGCUGCUGCAUGAGCUACACUGGCUUCCAGAUGCAAUUCAAUGUGCUGGCUAUCACCUAUAAAGGCGUACAUGGCAUAGGGCCAGGAGAUUUGAGGGGGUCCCUGUUUCUGAUGGUCUCUGCUAGGCCCACCAGUUCUUCCCCUAUGAAACAGCAUCCCUCUGGAAAUCUGGUUGGCACUGACCCUGUUAGAAUUUUGUAAGGCACUGAAGACCUGGCUGUUCCCCCAGAAGUUUGGACCAGGAGGUUUGUGCUCAAACCUGUGGAAGACUACUAUCCUGUGGCUUUCUCGCGAGGAGCAGCCAUCCAGAGCACAUGUGCACUUGUCCGGAGAGGUUCCGAAGAACCAAACUACUCACCAGUUCUUCGGUCUUUGCUGCGAUCAUCAUCUCUGCUCUCCUAGAGAUGUGUUUAGCUUGCCAUGCCUCCCCUGGAGGUAGGUAGGUAGAAAGCAUCCUGUCCAAAAUAAAUGGAAAGAAAAACUAUUGCUCCAGAAGUCUUUUCCCCCCAGAGCUUUGCAUAUCUAUAAUUCCUUUUUAAUUACUAAAGAGGAUAUUAAGAGAGAUACCAUAUUUACCUAAAAGGAAGACCAACCUGAAUUUAAGAGGCUUUCCCCCUCUUCCAUUCAAAAUGACUCAAGUAUAGGGUAAUUGAGAAACUGUUUGCUUGGUUGUACAAUGGAAAAUGCAAAGAAAGAUAACGCUUCUUCCAGAGAAGGGCUACUCCUUAGGAUGGGUCUUAAUGAUAACAAAGCUGGAAUGCAAGGGCUGGAUAAAGAGAAGAUCAACAAAAUCAUAAUGGAAGCCUCCAAGGGUUCUAAAUUUUAUGAAAAUGAACUUAAAAAAGAUCAACAAGUUAAUAAACGGAUUGAAAAAAUGCUGAAACUAAAAAGUAAGAUCACAGAGCCAUGGAUUUUGAAAGCACAGUUGCAGAUGGAUAAACUUGCAAUGGAAUUGGAUCAGAAUCGUGAUCUUAGUUGUACAAUUGUACACAUUGACAUGGAUGCCUUUUAUGCAGCUGUUGAAAUGAGAGACAAUCCUGAAUUAAGGGACAGGCCCAUAGCAGUGGGUUCAUGGAAUAUGUUGUCCACUUCAAAUUACCAUGCUAGAAGAUAUGGGGUACGUGCAGCUAUGCCUGGAUUUAUUGCUAAGAAACUUUGUCCACAUCUUACUAUAGUACCAUUAAAUUUUAAGAAAUACGAAGAAGUGAGUAAAGAGAUUAGGGAAAUACUGGCUGAAUAUGAUCCUCAAUUCAUGCCCAUGGGCCUUGAUGAAGCCUACUUGAACAUAACAGAGUACUUAGAAAAACGAAAACAUUGCUCUGAAGGCAAAAUAAAACAUUUUAGUACAUACAAGUUUGGUCUAAAUGGAAAACAGAAUACAGUUACAUCUGAUGUAUCAAACUUGAGUGAAGAUAUGCAUUCCUGUUCACCAGUAUUGUUUGACAAUGACACUCUGAUUAAUAAGCAGACUGUUCAAACAUCUUUGCCCUUAGAAGAACAGCAAUGCCAGCAGUCAAGAGUUCAAUUAAAGUCAGUUGUCUUGGAAACAUCAGCUGAGGAAGUUGUAGAGGAAAUUCGCUUUAGAAUUGAACAAAAAACUGGGCUGACUGCCAGUGCUGGCAUUGCUCCAAAUAUGAUGUUGGCAAAAAUGUGCAGUGAUAAAAAUAAACCUAAUGGCCAAUAUAGAAUCCCUCCAGAAAGAGAAGCUGUGAUGGACUUCAUGAAAAAUUUAGCUAUUAGAAAGGUGCCAGGCAUAGGAAAGGUAACAGAGAAAAUGCUGAAAGCUUUGGAAAUAGUGACUUGCACAGAAUUGUAUAAGCAGAGGGCUCUGAUUUCUCUUCUGUUUUCUGAAACUUCCUGCCAUAAUUUCCUUGAAAUCUCUCUUGGUUUGGGUUCCACAUGUUUGGAAAGGGAUGGGGAAAGAAAAAGCAUGAGUACAGAAAGGACAUUUAAUGAAAUAAGUGCGUCAGAACAAUAUACGUUAUGUCAAGAACUCUGCAGUGACCUUGCUCAGGAUUUGAAAAAGGAAGGACUUAAAGCUAGAACUGUAACUUUAAAGUUGAAGAAUGUGAACUUUGAAGUGAAAACAAGAGCUAAUACAGUACUUUCUGCAGUUUCUACUGAAGAAGAAAUAUUUGCUAUUGCUAAAGAUUUGCUUAAAGCAGAAAUGGAGAGAGUGGCCCCAGAACCUUUACAUUUAAGAUUAAUGGGUGUAAGAAUAUCAAGUUUUUUAACUGAAGAAGAAAAAAAAUAUCAGCAGAAGAGCAUUGUUAAUUUCUUAGAACCAGGAAAGCAAGCCGGUGCUUUUAAGAAAACUGUCAACAUUUUCCCAAAAGUAUCUGAAGGAGAAAGCUUUUUCAAUAAAAAGAGAGCUACAAGACAGCAAACCAAUAAAGGAAUUUUUUUAAAUGAGUCUUCAGACAAGCAGAAUCUACAAGAUCUGAUGUCAACAAUAACUUCAGGUGAACAAGGAAAGAAUUAUGAACAUCAGAUCUUUAUUUGCCCUAUUUGCUUUGAAGAGCAGCAUGAUGGCACUUUAGAAGCAUUUAAUAGGCAUAUAGAUAUGUGCCUUAGUGGAACAAUAGAAAAAGAAAAUGCAGAAAUUACCGAUACUGGCAAAUCUGGGGAAAAUGAUCUGCAUGUGGAUAGGGAAAAAGAAGAAAGGAUAAAAGUUAAAAUAAGUAAACCAUCAGUGGAAGAGCAGUCAACAAAUACAGCUGAUUGUGUUCCUGCAAGUAGCACAGAUGUACUACCUAAGCUCCUAGUUUAUAAACAGAAUGAGAAUGGAUGUGGUCCUUCUAAUGCCUCUAUACCUGAAAUGCACGCUAGAGAUGAUUUAUCUUCUAAAGCCUUAUUAAUAGAAAAAGAGUCAAGUUGCCCAGGAAGCAAUGUGCAAAGUUUUUCUGACAUUACUGAAAAUGUUUUAGUUUGUCCAGUUUGCAACAUACAGCAAAAAACAAUGGAUCUUGCAUUGUUCAACAGGCAUGUGGAUGUUUGUUUAAACAAAGGCAUUAUCAAGCAGUUGACAGAAAAUUCAAGUACGGAAAUCUUGGAUAGAGGACAAUAUAAUACAAACUCUUCAGUAGGAACAAAAAGAUCUGGAACAGUGAUUUCCCACUCAACAUCCAAAAAAGCCAAGUCAAGCAAUUCUAGGUGCACUAUAGAAUCAUUUUUCAAAUGAACACAAUAAAGACAGUUUGAUCAUUGUUAUGGUACAAAAACUUAGAGUAAAAUAUGUCACUUGGACCUUAUGUAUUGUGUAUAAAUUAUAUAAUUAUAUAAAAGUUAAUAUAAUUAUAAAUUAUAUACAUUGUAUAUGAUUUUGCACUAGCUAAUGCACCAUUUUAAUUUCAAAUAGCAGUCUCAUAUUUUAAAGAAUGUAUGAAGUUGACUUUUUAAAGCUGAUAACCAUACAGUUCUUUGUUUAGGGGUGUCAAGCACUUUUAAAAGUCAGUUGCUCUUUGAAUAACAUGAUGAUAAUGGCUAUUAUCUUCACAACUCUUACAGAGGGAGGAAAAGUGAAAGAAUUUGGAUUUUAUUUAAAAAUUUUAAAGUUCCACUUUAUAAAUCAGGUGCUAUUAAAUUAUCUUAUAAGUUUAUAAGCUUAUAGAUCAACAUUUAAGGCUUAGUUGCUUUUUACAAUUCUGUAUAAAAAAUAUUAGGAAGCAUAGUAUAUUUAGCACUCAAAAUUCAGACACAUUUUUUGUACAAACAUGUAGCACAGGUGUACACUUCUAGCCUCUGUUAAUUUAAGCAGGAAUCUACUGACUUGUCCAUUGGUGAACAAAACUUCAUUUAAUACAUGUAAUCGAUAUUAGUACAAGCAGGCUAAAUAAACUUCAUGUUAAUUGCAUAUCCUUAAUAUAGACAAACAUAUGAAUUUAGUAUUAAUUUGCCUCAUUUAAAUUAGAAACCACAACUUUAUCUUUGUUCAUGUACUUUAUGAGCUUGCCAGUUCUAAACGCUUGGAAAAGACUAAGGUGUGCUGUCUGUAUGUUUUUAAUUCUGUGGCUUUGUAAAAAUUAAUACAGUUUCUUCAAAUCGUACUCUGCCUGUCUAGAAUUACUGGCUUCAUUUUAAGAGAUCCAUUCACCUACCAAGUUUGUUCAAUAGACUUCAUUAAGACUGUGCCACAUUUGACAUAUCAGGAAAAAAAUCUAGGGUGCUCAGUUUUCAAAUAACCUUUAAGAGUAGGAUAAGUGACACUCAGCUCUUAAGUGCACAUGUAUUACCAAACAAUGUGAUAAAAACCUAUUCACUUACUCACAUUUUAAAUUGUUUCUAAAGAUAAAUGGUCUUAUAUAUAUUUAUAUGAAGUUCAAAUUGUAAUUGAUCAAAAGCUGAAUAUGAGUCAGCAGUGUGGUGCAGUUGCUAAAAAGGCAAAUGUAAUUUCAUGUUGCAUCCAUAGAAAUCUAGUUUUCAGCUCAGGAAAAAAUAGCUCUAGUAUAUUCUGUGUUUGCAAGACUCCACCUUGAAUACCCCUUGUGCCCGGGGAUAAAACAAAUUCAGAGAAUAUGGAAGAGAUGCAGAGAAGGGCAGUGAAGGUAGCAUAAUCAGGAAAUUGGAAAAUAAGCUUAAGAGGUGAGAUGGAAAUGGAAAGAAGUGAGUAUGUUAACGGGGGGCGGGGGGGCGGCAGCGGGGAAGCAGAUAUAAUUGCACUUUUCAAGUACCUGAAGGAUGUUACACAGAAAAUCAAGAUCUGUUUGUCAUCCCAGAAUGCUAGGCAUGAAAUAAAUGAUCAAAGUUACAGGAAUUCGGAUUCCUGUUGAAUGGUGAGACAAUUUUCUACUACAGUAGUUAGAGCAGUUGAACGAUGGGGCCAGUUAGUAAGUUUAAACUUUCCUUCAAGCAGAAGCUGGGUGCCUACUGAAUUCCUGUACUGCAGUGUUCCUCAACCUUGACCAUUUCCCCAUGCUGGCUGGGGAAUUCUGGGAGUUGAAGUCCACACAUCUUCAAGUGGCCAAGGUUGAGGAACCCUGCUGUACUGAACAAGGGGUUGGACUCUGUGGUCUGAAUGGUCCUUGCAACUUUAUGAUUCUGUGAAGUUUGUGCACUUUAAAAUAAUUUCAUUUGUAAUUUAUUCAGAGUGUAAUAUAUUUUCCAAAAUAAUUUUAAUCUAAGAUGCAUUUUCCAAAACAAUUGUGACUCCAUUUUAAUUGUAAAACUCAGGAUAAUAAUUUUAGUGAAAUAAGCACAAAAUGUGUAAAAUAAACAUACAUUAAUAAAACUGUAAUUUGCAUUUUCUCUGUUAACCAUAAACAGACUUGUUUUAGCUUUUCCAAUUCUAUAUGGCUGGUUCAUGCUUUAGUCUAUUUUAUUGAAUUUAUAGUCAAAGACUAAAUAAAUGCCUUAGUCUUAAGCUGAGUUCCUCAACCAUCUGAGGCCAAUCAGCACAUUUGUAAUCUUGUGAGAAGGUUAAAAAUGGGUUGGCUUGUGAGUGCUGGCUAAUCACAGAAUGCCCACUUACCGGCAGGUGAAGUGGUGAGGCUGUUCUUUACCACCACCACUAGAGUCCGCAGGUGAUUUCUACCACAGCCUGCACUGCUUACCUUUUCUGGAUAAGAGGACACACUUUCAUACUGGGGUACAGGCAGCCACUUUCAUCUAUGUGAGGCUGAGAAACAUAACUGGAAAAUGAAGAGAAUGCCUGAGAUUGGAAUUUUGCUGUGAAUAAUGAUAGGUUCUGAUUUUUUGGAGAUUAUAAAUAAUCUAAACUGUGGUCAGCUAGGGAGCACACUAGAUAACAGCAUGGGACAUUUCGUACUCCUGCCACUUGCAUUUGCACUCUGUAUGCUAUGUUGAGGACCAAAGAUCUUAACAUUCUUGUGUGAAAACAUCCUUUGUUUGAUGGUUGGGCAAAGGCAGAAGCUAUGCCUCCUUCUUGCUAUAAAAUAUUCAUUAAAAUCACAUUUAUUCUUUUGUAAGGCUCUAGAUCAAUCAACUUAGCCUGACCUAAAAAAAGGAAUCAACUUAGCAAAUUAGACACACUAAAGGCUCAAGCACUCACUGUUAGCUACAGGCACCAGAAAUUGCAUGCAGGGGAGUUAACAGGCUGGCACAGUUUUAAGAUUGAAAUGCAAGGAGCUGAUCAAGCGAUUAACAGUGCAGCAUCUAAGCAAUGUACAGAGAUAAUCUACAGAGACCUUCAUUCUUACAGUUGCAAAAAAAACACUUUUUCC